AUGGCUGAAUCUUGCUCUGUAUUUCCCUUCCUGGUGCAAUCGGAGUUUGACAGUGCAUGUAAAGAUCUCGUCGAUCGAUGCACUUCGGCCCAAAAUAUUACCUGGUCCAUUCGACUGCUCACAAAGCCAGAUGGAACAGGCCUCAGAAUAACAAAAUGUGUCGAUGUCCCCAGCCUAGAAACCCCAGCGCUGGAAGAAUCGCUGGAAGAAUCACUAGAAGACGAGGAUCCGGUCUGCAGAGUUCUAGCCCCCAAGGGACGAAGCUCUCAUUCGCGCCAACCCCCCGGCUUACAGAUCGACUAUGACAUCUUAUUGUCCCCCACAUAUCAGGUCCCCGUCUUGUACUUCGGCCUCAGGUGGGACAACGGCCCACUCGGACUAGAUCAAGUCUACCAGUAUGUCGUGCCGGAACGGUACAGGCAAGAAUUGAAGAGUGUGGGUGUAAUGGGUGGCAUUAGUAUGGGUUACCAUCCUGGCUCUGGCGCCCCGGCCUUUUUUGUCCACCCAUGCAACACCGCGGAUGCCAUGGCGAAUCUUGCAGACGCACAGAGCGUCACUCCUGGCUCAUAUCUCCUCAUCUGGCUCGGCCUUGUAGGUCAUUGCGUGAACCUGCACGUCCCACGCGAGGUUUUUGUUUAGCACAGUACCAG